GUCACUGUGGCAUGCCAAAAGAGACUCUGCAGCAACACAUUCCUCUUCACUAGAUUUAUUCUGCAAGAACAACACAGAGAGAACCAGUCCAGUUAGCCAGUUAGUCCCAGUUAGAAACAGUCUAAAUCCAGUUAGUCCCAAUUCAAUCCCAGCUAGAAUUUGUGGUUGAGUUGCUGGUUGCAGAGAUGAAGUUGCUGCUGUUGUUGUUGCUGAUGGAACGAGCAGCAGCUCAACAGAGAGGUCUGUUCCCGGCCAUCCUGAACUUGGCCAGUAAUGCAGUGAUCAGCAGUAACGCCACAUGUGGAGAUCCAGAACCUGAGGUUUACUGUAAACUGGUCGAACAUGUUCCAGGACGACGGAUCAAGAACCCACACUGCCCAAAAUGUGAUGCCAACUCCAUCCUGUCCAAAGAACGUCAUCCAAUCACAAACGCCAUCGAUGGGACGAAUCAGUGGUGGCAAAGUCCAAGUAUCAAGAAUGGACGACAGUUUCACUGGAUUACCGUCACACUGGACCUCAAACAGAUUUUUCAGGUUGCCUACAUCAUCAUCAAGGCAGCUAACUCACCUCGGCCAGGUAACUGGAUCCUGGAGCGCUCUCUGGAUGGUGUGACCUUUGACCCCUGGCAGUUUUACGCCAUCAGUGAUUCUGAGUGUUUGACUCGUUACAACGUGACACCGAGACUCGGACCUCCGACCUACAAGAGAGACACCGAGGUUAUCUGUACGUCAUACUACUCCAGACUGAACCCCUUGGAACAUGGAGAGAUCCAUACGUCUCUGAUUAAUGGCCGACCUGGAGCUGACGAUUUGACCUCUGACCUCCUGAACUUCACGUCAGCUCGUUACAUCAGACUGAGGCUUCAACGAAUCAGGACACUAAAUGCCGACUUGAUGACGCUGAGUGCCCGUGACCCCCGAGACAUUGACCCCAUCGUCACCCGGAGGUAUUAUUACUCCAUCAAAGACAUCUCUGUGGGUGGGAUGUGUAUCUGCUAUGGCCAUGCCCAGAGCUGCCCACUGGACCCUGUUACCAAGAAGCUGCAGUGUGUGUGUGAACACAACACCUGUGGAGAGAGCUGCAACAAGUGUUGCCCUGGUUACCACCAACAGCCAUGGCAACCGGGAACCGUCUCUGAGGGAAACACAUGUGAAAAGUGUAACUGUCACAACAAAGCCGUCGACUGUUUCUACAAUCAGACUGUCUCUGAACUCUCUUUGAGUUUAAACACUCAUGGUGUUCGUCAGGGAGGCGGAGUCUGUAUGAACUGCCAACAAAACACCGCCGGCAUCAACUGUGAGACCUGCACCGCCGGGAACUACAGACCUGCUGAGGUGUCUCCAUACUCAGACUCACCAUGUGUUCAGUGUAACUGUGAUCUAAGAGGAUCAGAGUCUUCAACCUGUACCAGAGACAGCACACAGCUAGGUGUGUCUGCAGGUCAGUGCAGGUGUAAGGAGGGUUUCACAGGUCGACAGUGUGAUCGUUGUGCAUUUGGAUUCAGAGAUUUUCCUCUCUGUACUCAAUGUGAGUGCAACCUCUCCGGCAGCAUCAACACAGACCCCUGCAGCCCCUGCACCUGCAAGGUGAAUGUGAUGGGUGCUCACUGUGAUCUGUGUAAACCAGGUUUCUACAACCUGCAGGACAAUCAUCCACUCGGCUGCACAGACUGUUUCUGCUUCGGUGUGUCAGAUGUCUGUGAGAGCUCCGCCUGGUCCACAACUCAGGUGCUUCAUAAAGACGCUUGGCUCCGCCCCCCUCAGUCCCUCCACACCCCAUCUGUCAUCAAUGACAAUGACCUACCGAUCCCCGGGAACGCCUCUUCUGGCCACGCCCAUCAACAAGUGCUGUCAUGGGAGGCACCUGACAGUUUCCUUGGAAACAAACUGGUGUCUUACAGAGGUUUCCUGAACUACUCUGUGGUUUACGAUCUCCCACUGGACAAUGAAGACCAUUCUCUCCCCGGCCACUUUGACAUUAUCAUUGAGGGAAAUGGUCGGACUCUUCAUCUCUCACCUCCUCUCCUCCUCUUCCUCUCUCCACUGGCUGAGCGCUCGGUUGCCGUGAUGAUAGCCUCACAGCGGUUCGUGGACGUUCAGACAGGCGUUCACGUUAUCCGUGAUGACCUGCUGUCGGUCCUAGCCGACGUGACUUCACUGAGGGUCAGAGUUCACCUGAACGCCUCCGCCGACGGGCCGAUACGUCUUAGGUCUGUCUCUCUGGAUGUUGCUGACUCUGGUUCUGUUUCUGGCGUUCAGGCGGUUGCCGUGGAGAUGUGUGAAUGUCCAUGGGGUUACAGCGGUACUUCCUGUGAGGCGUGUCUCCCAGGUUUUUACAGGGUAGGCGGAGUUUUGUUUGGCGGGAACUGUAUGCAGUGUGAGUGUAAUGACCACACCAUCGAGUGCGACAUCAACGGAGUUUGUCUGGGUUGUACCCACAACACCACCGGUCCUCACUGUGAACAUUGUCUUCCUGGUUUCUAUGGCGACGCCACAGAGGGGACACCUGACGACUGUCGGUUGUGUCCGUGUCCUCUGACGGAGCCAUCCAACAGUUUCAGUCCCACCUGUGUGCUCGAGGCGUCCGGCCAGGUGUCAUGUGACAGGUGUCAGGAUGGAUACACAGGAACCAAGUGUGAGAGGUGUGCCAGUGGUUUCUAUGGUAACCCACAGGUAGUGGGUGGGGUCUGUGUCCGUUGUGAGUGUAACGGUAACGUGGACAUCAGCAAGGCAGGGCACUGUGACACUGUCACCGGGGACUGUCUGCGUUGCCUCGGCAACACCGCUGGCAGACACUGUGAGGUCUGUCAGCCUGGUUACUAUGGAGAUGCCCUGCACGCCAAAGACUGUCAGGAGUGUGGCUGUGAUGUCAGCGGCGCCCUCUCCAGUGUGUGUGAUGUCACAACAGGUCAGUGUUUGUGCAGAGAGAAUGUGACGGGACGCACCUGUAAUCACUGCCAGUCUGGCUUUUUUGGGCUGCAGAGUGGGCAGGGCUGUCAGGCCUGUGGUUGCAGCCAAUCAAGAUCUCUCUCUGAGUCAUGUGAUGCAGGGGGACGGUGCCAAUGUGUGGAGGGCGUGGCCGGACAUAAGUGUGACAGUUGUAGCCGUGGUUACUAUGGUUUCCAUGCCAACGGCUGCACAGCAUGCAUCUGUGAUCACACUGGAGGGAACUGUGACCCUGAGACUGGAGACUGCAUCUGCCCCGCCCACACACAGGGCGACACCUGCGACAGGUGUGAGACAGGUUACUGGGGUCACAACCCUGCCACCGGGUGCCAGCCGUGCAGCUGCACUGCAGCAGGAAGCUCCGCCCCUCAGUGCGAUCUUAGCAAUGGACAGUGUCGGUGCAGAGAGGGGUUCUCUGGCAGAUCAUGUGACCAAUGUUCCCCUGGUUACCAUGGUUUUCCAGGAUGCUCAGUGUGUGGCUGCGACAUGGCCGGAACAGACGAGAAGUUCUGCAAUACAACGCUGGGAGUGUGUGACUGUCUACACACUGGAGAGUGUGUGUGCAAGGUGGGCGUGUCUGGGCAGCGCUGUGAGGAGUGUGUUUCUGGUUGGUUCGCUCUGUCAGCUGAUGGCUGCUCUCAGUGUUUCUGUUCAGGACUCAGUUCAGACUGCGAGGAGAAGGGAGGACUCUACAGAGUACCUAUCAGCCUGGCUCGUUAUCCCGCCCUCCUCUCAUUGGUCAGUCAAUCUAACCUGCACGGUAUAUUGUCUGGAGUUUACCAGCAGGGUGGUGACAUGCUGCUCGACACCCGACAGCUCAACACCAGCAGGCUGGCUGGCCCCCUCUACUGGAGACUGCCCCCCCAGUUCGAAGGUCACCAGCUGCUGUCGUAUGGCGGCCUGCUGUCUUACAUCAUCACCUUUUAUGCUGAGGAUGGCUUGGGGCUGUCCAAUCAGGAGCCUCAGAUCCUGAUAAGGGGCGGAACCCUGAGGAAGCUGGUGAUAUACACAGACAUGGUUGCCCCUGGCAACGGCAUCAGGACACAGCAUGACAUCAGACUGACAGAGCACAACUGGAAGUAUUUUAACUCCGUGUUGGACAAGUCGGUGAGUCGUGCUGACUUCCUGUCGGUCCUCAGUAACAUUGAGUAUGUCAUCAUCAAAGCUUCAUACGGGACCAGACUGCAGCAGAGCAGGAUCUCUAACAUCACCAUGGAAACGGCAGUGGAUGCGGAGUUAAAGGAGGGGUCAGUGGUCGGAGGGGGCGUGGCCAGAUUGAUCGAGUCCUGUGUCUGUCCACCUGGAUACAGCGGACUGUCCUGUCAGGAGUGUGCAGCAGGUUUUUUCCGACAGUCUUUAUCUGAGUUAUCACCUCACACUCAGAAGUCGCUGUUUGUGCGUCCGUGUGUUCAAUGCCGCUGCAACAACCACAGUGAGAGCUGCGACACAGAGACCGGAGAGUGCCAGGGCUGUCAGCAUCACACCAGUGGGCCGGGCUGUGAGCUCUGUGCCCCGGGGUAUUAUGGGAACAUCAGCGGCUCCAUCAGUGACUGCUCGCUGUGUGCCUGCCCCCUACGGGGCAACAGUUUCAGUCCCACCUGUGUGUCGGAGGGAGCGUUUGGUGAUUUCCGCUGCACCGCCUGUCAGAUGGGAUACGAGGGGAGAUACUGUGAGAGGUGUUCUGUUGGUUACUAUGGCAACCCGUCGGUGCCCGGUGGCAUGUGUUCACAGUGCAGCUGCAGUGGGUGGGGCUCGCUGCAGCCGCUGUGUGACGCACUGAGCGGACAGUGUGAGUGUAAGGCUGGUGUCAAAGGUCGGUCAUGUGAUCAGUGUGAAGAGAGGCACAUACUGCAGGAAGGAGAGUGUGUGUCGUGUGAUGACGAGUGUACCGGCGUUCUGUUAGACGACUUGGAAAAAAUAUACAACCACUUCCUGUCUGUCAACCUGAGCGGCGUUGCCAUGGCACCAUACCACCAGCUGGUGCUGCUGCAGAACCAGACCACAGACGCCCAGGUGCAGUUUUCACAGAACGGCUCUGUCGCUCUGCGUCUGUCCAGAGUGGAAGACAAGCUGGAUCAUUUGACCUCUGACCUCAGCACGCUGCUGCAACGGGUCACACGUCUAUCUGAAAACUUGGAGGAAGUGGGCGUGUCCGCUAAAAACAGCUGUUCCCAGGGUUCAGUGCUGCUGGAGAACAUCAGCAGACUUCAGGACAGAAUCCAGGAGCUUCAGAGGGAGGCUGGGCACCUGAACCAGACCACAGAGGAAGAGUUCAGUUCAGCCAAUCAGACACGUCUGCUGGGUGAAGUUGAGUCCAUGUUGGAAACCAUCAGAGUGGUCAACCUAACAGCUGCCAAUACUGCAGCCAAUCAGGAGCUCCGUCUAGCACAGUCUCUCAUUCACUCCCUGCAGACGGACUUCCUGCCUGGCAGGAUGGCGGUUGAUGAAAGGCUCCGCCCCCUGUCCGUCUCCCUCAACAUUGGCAUAGAAAUGCUGCAACAUGCACAUACACAGCUGAGUGAUGCUGCACAACAAACCACACAAACACACACUCUGCUGGACGCCAUUCACUCUCACCUGCACCGCUACCAGUCUGUCCGUCAGAAGCUCAGUGGUGACUGUUUAUUUGUGGACGGACUGAUGGACGACAGUCAGCUGCUGCUGGACGACGCUGUCGGACUGACGGAUGAGUUUACCAACGCCACUGCCCAGGUGGAGGAGUUCAGUGGUCAGUUGGAUCAGUGGCGUCCUCUGCUCAGGAAACAGGUGGAUGCUUUGGUUGUUGGACUGAAGAUGACGGACGCUCUGGAGAACGUUUACCGUGCAGAAAGCCACGCCCACCUGCUGCAGAGCCACGCCCACUCCCUGCACAGAUCUCUGUCGUCGGUGUGCAAUGUGACUCAGAACGGCAGCCGAUUGGUCCAAUUCGAUAGUGACAUCACAGAACGAGUUGACUCCGCCCAGCAGGUCGCCUCGAUCGCACACAGCUCCGCAUCCUUCGCUCUCAACAUGACCGUCCAAUCAGAGCAGCUGCUGUCAGAAGAGGGCAGAGCCAAACUGAACAUCAGCUCUGCUGUUUUAGAAGAAAGUCAACGAGUCCACAAGAUGGCUGAAGACCUGCAGCUGACUGUCUCCAUGGUAACCAGCAGACUGGGAUUGGUCAGAGAGAGUGUCCAUAACUCCAGCCUGCUCUUCCGUCAGCCAAUCAGAGAGCUGCAGAACUUCUCUAAUGGGUCAUCCCCGGCGCUGCAGCAGGCCCAGCUUCAGGCUGCAGCGGCACGCUCCGGCCUGCAGGAGGCGCUGCAGUGGCUGCAUUCACUCAGCGAGCAGCUGCAGGAUUCUUCUUCUGUGGUAGAAAACACCAACGACACAGUGAGGGAGACCAACCAACUGGUGACUCACACACACGAUGCAGCCAAUGAGGCGCAGAGUAAGCUGGAGGAGGCGGAGCAUCGUACCGAUCGGCUUAUGGACCGGAUAAAACCACUGAGCAUGCUGGGAGAAACACUGAGCAGGAAUCUGUCUGACAUCAGAGAGCUGAUCGAUCAGGCCAGGAGACAGGCUGCCUCGAUUAAGGUGGCGGUACAAGCAGACAGGGACUGUGUUCGAUCCUACAGACCACAGAUUGAGUCCAGUAACUUCAACACUCUGAGUCUGAUUCUGAAAACCUCGAGUCCAGAUAACCUGCUCUUCUACCUGAGCAGCAACACCACGGUGGACUUCCUGGCAGUAGAGAUGCAUGAUGGGAAGGUGUCACUGGCAUGGGAUGUGGGUUCAGGCAGCACCAGGCUGGACUUUCCUGGACUGGACAUCGCCAACAACAGAUGGACCAGAAUCAACGCGACAAGGUUCGGGGCCCAUGGCUCACUGUCAGUCCAUCAGCUGGAGUCGGAGUCCGCUCCGUUGCCCGCCGUAACAGCGACCUCACGGGGACCUUCCAGAGUUUUAGACAUUGACAGAAACACGGUGAUCCACAUCGGAGGACUAGGAGCCCACACUCAGAGCCCCACAACACUGCGGUCCUCCACCUUCCAAGGCUGCUUGGGCGAAGCAUCGCUCAACGAGAGAAACAUCGGACUGUGGAACUACAACAGCAGAGAGGGAGAGUGUGGAGGCUGCUUCAGCAGUCCCCAGGCGGAGGAGACAUCGUUCCACUUUGAUGGCUCUGGAUUCUCAUUGGUUCAGAAGUCUCUGCGUGCAACCUCCACCUCCAUCGUACUGCUGUUUAAGACUCUGUCUCCGGGCGGAUUGCUGCUCUACCUGGCCUCCAACAACACUAGGGACUUCCUGUCCAUGGAGCUGGUGGAGGGGCGUGUUCGUCUGACCUUUGACCUUGGAUCAGGUGCUCUGAUCCUGACCUCCAACAGGAAGUACAACACUGGAGUGUGGUACAAGAUAACACUGCAGAGGAGCAAACGCAAAGGUUACCUGUCCAUCAUGGCGGCCGACCAAUCAACAGAGAAGGAAGUGUUAGAGGCGGAGUCUCCUGGAACAGCCUCUGACUUGAACCGCUCCGACCUAGACCCCAUUUAUAUUGGAGGACUUCCUGCCUCUAGACCAAUCAGGCGACAGGUGGUGUCCAGGUCGUACGUGGGCUGUAUAAAGAACGUGGAAAUUGCUCGGUCCAACUUUGACCUGCUGAGAGACGCCUUCGGAGUCCGGAAGGGUUGUGUCCUCGAGGCGGUGCGAAGCGUGUCGGUGUUAGCCGGAGGCUUCGUUCAGAUCGCUCCUCGCUCACUUGGUCAGGAGGUGGAGCUUUUCUUGUCCUUCUCCACCAACAACCAAUCAGGAGUUGUUCUGGCCGCUUUCAGUGACGACCCAACACACAGACAGCACUUCCUGUCUGUCCACCUGCUCUCGGGUGAUUUGGAGGCAGAGCUUGGUGAGGUGGGCGGAGCUACUCGGAGGGUGAUGGUGGUGAAACCUGUUGGAGGAUCCUUCAGUGACGGAAUAAAACACUCUGUGAUUAUCACCAUCAACAGGAAGUCUUUGUCAAUGCAGGUGGACGAGGACCACAGGAAGUCUGUCUCUCUCUCGCCAGGCGGAUUUUCUCGCUUGUCUCCAGCUUCUUUCUUCAUUGCUGGGUUGCCAUCAGAGGGGGGGCCUCAUCUACCAAUCAGAUUACAGGAUGUGUCCAGGUUGUUCAGAGGCUGCAUCCAACACCUGGUGGUGGGCAGAGUGAUUGUCGACCUAUCAGAAGCAGUGAGGUAUGAGGGGGUGGAGCUUGACAGCUGCCUAUUGGAGGAGAGAGAUGGGGGGGCGGUGCUUCCUGAUGACCAGGAUGUAGAACCAACUAAAGACCCCGCCUACUUACCCGUACCUCCGCCCACACACCUGAGUGCCCUGACACCAGGAGCACUAACGUGUGUGCCAGAGGCAGAGCCAACCUUUCUGCUGUCAGCGGCUCACUUUAGUUUGUCCAAACACAGUCACAUGACCUUCAUCAUCAACCCCAGCACUGUCAGGAGGAGUGUAUUGGUGAGGUUGUCAGUUCGAAGCCGGGCUCUGGAUGGGUUGAUCCUCCUCCUCUCUGACUCCAAACAGAUGGACUUCAUUGUCCUCAGACUAACGGGGGGGAGACUAAUGAUGUCAGCUGACCUGGGGAAAGGCCCCGCCUCCAUUACAUCAUCUGUCACUGUCAAUGACGGAAAGUGGCAUAUUGUGAGUGCUGAGAUGAGCCGGCGGUUGCUGUCUGUGUCGGUGGACGGUUCGAGUCCGGACUCUGUGUCAGUUAAGGGAAAUCAGCUGGACGUGGACAACAGACUGUACCUGGGAGGAGUGCCACACACGCACACCGCCAGGAGGAUCAAUGUGAGCAGCAGUUUUCCAGGUUGCAUUCGCGGCGUCAGUCUGAAUGCCGCCAUGUUGGAUUUGUCCAAACCGGUCUCUCUGCAUGAUGUCACUUCCUGUUUCACUACUGAGCAGACAGGAAGUUACUUUAAUGGCAGUGGAUACGCCGCCCUCAUGCCUGAAGGGUAUAAGGUCGGCUCUGACGUGUUGGUCUCUCUGGAGUUCCGAACGAGCCAAUCAGAGGGCGUAUUUCUGGGUAUCAGCAGUGCCAAGGUUGACGCCAUCGGACUGGAAAUGAUCAACGGACAGGUGGUGUUUAACGUGAAUAAUGGGGCAGGUCGAGUGUCAGUGCAUUCGAUUGGUCAGAUGUUGUGUGAUGGACAGUGGCACCGCCUGCUGGCCAGAAAAACCAAACACACCCUGAGUCUGAGUGUAGACGGGCGGAGUUACAGCACACCCAACCCUUACCCACAAUCCACCUCUGCUGAAACCAACAACCCUGUUUACCUAGGAGGCUAUCCAGUCUCUGUUAAGCAGAACUGCCUGUCUAUCAACUCCAGGUUCAGAGGUUGUCUGAGGAACCUACAGCUCGUUAAAUCUCACCUGACUGAUGCUCUGAACCUGAGCUCUGCCCACUUUCUGUUGGGCGUCACUCCUAACUCAUGUCCUGUUGCCUAGCAACACCCAGACAGGCACUGAUUGGUUCACAGACAGCUAUAGAAAGGAGAAUUGUUCAUAUUAUUCUGUAGCUUCAAUUAUUAAAGAUCAAACUCACAAAUUCAAAA